AUGAAAUCACUCGCCAAAAUCCUCGCGAGCAAACAAAAUAGAGAGGCAGCUGCAGCAAGCCUACGUGCCUCCAGCAGCACUCCAACGUCUGGCUUGGCCUCUGCCGAAAACUCUACCGGCGCUUCCUUUGCGAGUAGCGAGAUCCUGCCAUACCUAGACAGCUGCUUUGAUGAUCUCAACGCCCACGAGGGAGACUUCAAAACCCAGAUCCGAGCGGUUGAGCAAGCCCUCUGCUCCAAAGCCAGCAGGUAUUCCAACGCGCGGCUACCGGAGGGGGUUGGGGACAUCUGGCAGGCGAAUACAGAAGUUCUGGACCAAGUGCUUGUGGCGGUGGAAUGCGCUGUGAGAGUUUAUGACGAUGAUUUCCCCUACAUGAACGCAGACAGGUUCUCCUACAAGACCGCGGGCUUGAUCUCUCCGUCCCAUUCAGGCGUCGUCAAAGCCACCAAAUUCAUCGAGGUCAGUGACGGCUCAAACCAAAAUCCCGAUUUCCCUGCACUCGUCGUGGCUGUUAGAGGCACUCGCAUGCACUUUGUUGUCGACUGGUUAGUCAACUUCAACCAUGAGCUUCGAGAUACAGCGGACUUCUUGGACCUGAAAAGCCUUGUGGGAGGGCUACCAGAAUUUGACCUGAAAGUGCAUUCGGGCUUCUUAAACGGUGCCCGUGCUUUGCAGGCAGAUAUCGAAAAAGAGAUCUUGAAGUGUCGGGAAUCUACCAACAUCCGACAUGUUAUAUUCACGGGUCAUUCCGCUGGCGGGGCUGUUGCAUCUCUCGCAUAUCUUCAAGCUCUAGGAGUAGCCACCACUCGAUAUCCCGGAAUGCGCUUUUCACUCAUCACUUUCGGUGCUCCUCCAGUCAGUACGCCGUCCCUGGCCCCAACACUUGAUGCAUUCAGUGCGCGAUGGGUCCAGAGGCAAGCGACACCUGGACUUGCUCUAGCAGUUGUAAACGAGGACGACUUGGUUGCGAGGGCCGAUCGGAGCUACAUCAUGUCUCUGCUGAAGCUCUAUGACAUUACAAGAACGUCAAGCAGUUUCCAGUCUACUGGGACACCUUGGGUCUUUCCAGAGCCCGACGUUCAUACCAUCGGGGAUAUAUUGGUGCUCAAAGAGAACCACGAAGAUGAACCGGCCAGCAAUGUGGAGGCUUUUCGUGUGGCUGCAGAGGCGUUCGAACAACUAAUAUUCUGCGACCGGGUGAUGCACCAGAAGGAAACGUACCGCAAACUUCUUUGGCAGCUGAGAUCUCGAUAUGAGUCCCAUUCAUGA